AUGCGAUGGGGAAUAUCACAAAUUAAUUGCAUUGGAAUUCGAUCGUUUUUCGCGUACCUGCGGAUCGCCAUCUGCACUCAGUAUAUGGACUUUCGGCUCAAAACUUGCAACGUCUUACGUGCUGAAAGUCGUGGCAUGGCACCAUGGCUGCUUAUUGUUGCAGCAGUUCUAGUUAUAAUGACAGUCACUUCGUUAGUUAUUAUAUUCGUAAUACUCCCGAGAAAAUCAGGAUAUUUCAAAAGGCUGUCAGAAACAACCAAUAGAGACAUCAGAGGACUUAUGAUUCUGAUCAAAAUGCGACUACGUUGUUCUCGUGCUUUUUGGAAAAAUCGAGGUAUACAAUCCUUGUUUUUGGACACUGUGCGGAGAAAUUCGGAGAAGGAAGCUAUUUAUGAUAUGACCCUCGGAAAGUCAUUCACGUUCAAGGAGCUGGACGAACUCGCAUGUCAAUAUGGUCAUAUGCUGCAGAAUAAUUCGUCCGUACAAGCUGGUGAUGUUGUUGCUAUAUGCAUGGAGAAUGGAACACAUUUCGUGGCAGCCUGGCUCGGGUGCGCAAAGAUAGGCGCCAUUUCUGCCUGGAUUAAUACAAAUCUCCAAGGAGAGUCUCUGACGCACUCACUGAAGAUCUCUAAAGCAUCUGUUAUAGUCUGCUCAGCGCCCUAUCAACAAAAAAUAGUCGAAACCGUGGAAAACGAGGGGAUGCAGACACGAACGCUGAUUUUUAGCGGAGGAACUGCACUAAAACCGUACGUUAAAUGCACUGACGAUCUCUUGAGGACACAGCAGACUUCACAGCCCAUAGCAACGCGAGAGAUGACCUUCCAAGAUCCACUGUGCUACAUAUUUACAUCUGGGACAACGGGGAUGCCAAAGCCGGCGAUUAUCAAGCACUUCAGGUUUUUUUACAUAGCUACAAGUGGAGAGGUAGCAUUUGGAGUACGGCCUAAAACGGACAGGAUUUACAUUUGCCUUCCGCUCUACCAUACAUCAGCAGGAGUGCUCGGAGUUGGACAAACGGUGAUACAUGGAGCAACAUGUGUCAUAAGAGACAAAUUUUCCGCGCGGAAUUUCUGGAAGGAUUGUGUGAUAAACAAAUGCACAGUAUCGCAAUAUAUUGGGGAACUUCUUCGAUACUUACUUCUGACUGAAAAGUCACCAUAUGAAGAAAAUCACUGUGUCCGAUUGCUAAUAGGAAACGGAUUGAGACCAGCAAUAUGGAAGCAAUUUCAAGAAAGAUUCAAAGUUGAGCGGAUAGCCGAAUUUUACGGUUCAACCGAAGGAACUUCUAACCUCAUUAACAUUGAUGGGAAAGAAGGUUCUUGCGGAUUUAUGACUAUAAUGAGUAUCGCUGCCCCAAUAUACCCCAUUCGGCUUUUCAAAGUUGACGAAGCAACAGGCGAGCUGAUCAGAGACGACCGUGGAUAUUGCAUACCUAUCCGGCCAGGUGAAUCCGGUCUACUCGCUUGCACAAUCCGUAAAAAUAACCCACUCUAUCACUUCGAGGGCUAUGUGGAUGAAGCAGAAACCCAGAAAAAGGUUAUCGAAGAACCAUUACCAGGAUCCGAUCCAGUCUUUUUGUCAGGUGAUAUACUAUACUGGGACCGGCUCGGAUACUUCUACUUCAAAGAUAGAGUAGGAGAUACGUUCAGGUGGAAGGGCGAGAACGUGUCGACAACUCAGGUGGAAGCAGUGUUGCAAGGACUUGCUGGCAUACAAGACUGCACUGUUUACGGCGUCGAAGUUCCAGGUACUGAUGACUGUGAAGGCAAAGCAGGAAUGGUAGCAAUUACCCCAAGUCCGGGUGUAGUCACUAAAAUAUUGCUGACCGUACUAUAUAAGCGAUUCACUUCCUCACUUCCACCCUACGCUGUACCUUGCUUUGUAAGAAUAACGGACGACAUAGACAAAACAGAGACCUUCAAGAUGAAGAAAGCAGCUCUCCAAUCACUUGGUUUCAAUCCAACGUCAGGAUCGACGGUGUACUUCUUAGACCACCCCAAUGAGACCUUUACAGAAGUCACAAAGGCAGCUAUAGCCGAUCUGCAGAAAAAACGAGUAACUAUUUAAUGGCCGGUCGAAAACAGUCGAUGGUGCUUACAUUAGAGCAUGCUUGUUGUUGUAUUAAGUAUGUAAAUAUUCAUAAGUGGUCAACACUAGCUUGCAACUCUGUGCGAUACAUCAUGCAAUACAUCGGUAAAUGAUUUACACCA